ACUUAUAUCGUCUGCUAUUAAUAUAAUUUCUUUAAAACGAGUUUUUCAUGUAAAAACUAGUUAAAAUUCACAAUUAAUCAAGCUUUAUUCGAAUAUUUGUUAAAUUAUAUCUUCUGAAUACUUUUAUAAUUAAUAUGGAAGAUUUAGACGAAAUAAAGAAGAAUUUAAAGUUGCAGUUAGAGGAGGUAGAAGCUGUAAGUUCCAUGUUUCUGGAUGAAGAAUUCGAGUGGGAUAAUCCAAGCUGCAAACAAAAUAUUGAACUAUUCCUGAAAAAUCACAUAGACUACGAUAUACUUAGAGAAAGAUUAGGCUUUACACUUAAACUGUCCUCGGAAGAUUCAGCUGAUAAACGUGUCGAAUUAUCUAUAAAUUUGCCACAUCACUAUCCGAAGACUUGUCCGAGUUGUUCUGUUAGACUUCCGAAUAUCAGUAGAUCUAUACAUGAGAAAUUCAAUAAGAAUUUACAGUCAUAUAUAAAUCAAUUAGAAGAGGGGGAACUAAAGUUAAUGGAUAUCAUAGACUGGUGUCGGCAAAAAUGUUCAUCAAUUGAGGAAGAAAAUCCGACCCCGCAAUCUCCUAAAAGUAAAGUUACCGAAUGUGAAUUUUCAACACUAUGGAUGUACAGUCAUCAUAUUUAUAGCAAAUUCAAGCGUCGUGACAUUCUUGCUUUUUCCGAUGAAUUGAACUUGACAGGCUUCUCUAUGCCAGGUAAGCCAGGUAUAAUUUGUAUAGAAGGCUCACGGGAUUCAGUAGACGAGUUUUGGAAAAGAUUAAGAAGAAUGCAAUGGCAAAGAUUAAUGCAAAAGGAGAGAACUGAUGUUAAAUGUUCAUCAUAUGAAGAAAUGAAUAAAAUGAGAAAGUUUGGCGAUUUUCAAGAAAUGGGACGAAGUCAUUUAUUACCUUUAUUAAAAAGCAAAGGUUUAGAGAAUAUAUUCUCGCUAUAUUUCGGUGUCGAUGGUACUUUUAAAACAGAUGAAUAA